AUGGCCCAGCGGUCUAAGGCGCUGCGUUCAGGUCGCAGUCUCCCCUGGAGGCGUGGCUCUAGCAAUGCUUGCGUCAAUCUCGUUAUCAAUGUGGACAUCCCUGGGAAGUAUACUGCCAAGGCAUUUGACAGUCUUGAGAUCUACGGGAAGAAGAGAGAACGACUUGCCCCCGCCCCUGACUCCACCUAUACUAAUCUCUUCUCCCCAGUUCCUAGAUCUUCAGAGAUAGCCUCUACCAAGCCUCUUGUAGAGAAGAGAAUAUUACAUUACCCGCAGGAUGGCCAUACUGGUCUAGUCGCUGGGGAGGCGGUGGUGGAUGCCAUACCUUACUUCUAUCAGUUAGGAAGGGAGGCUGCUGCUGCCUUGAUAGAGGAAGAAAUGUAUAGAUACCGGCCUACCAAGAACUAUCUGGAACUACCGGCACCAGAUUACUCAGCCUUUGAGACUGACAUUAUGAGAAAUGAAUUUGAAAGAUUGGCUGUCAGACAACCAAUUGAAUUGCUUAGCAUGAAACGAUAUGAACUUCCAACUCCUUCUUCUGGGCAGAAGAAUGAUAUCACUGCAUGGCAGGAAUGUAUAAACAAUUCCAUGGCCCAACUGGAGCAUCAGGCAAUUCGUAUUGAAAACCUUGAGUUGAUGUCACAACAUGGUUGCAAUGCCUGGAAAGUAUAUAAUGAAAAUUUAGUUCAUAUGAUUGAACAAGCCCAGAAGGAACUGCAGAAAUUAAGAAAACAUAUUCAGGAUUUGAACUGGCAGAGGAAGAACAUGCAACUCACUGCUGGAUCUAAAUUAAGAGAAAUGGAGUCGACUUGGGUCUCACUCGUCAGUAAAAAUUAUGAGAUCGACUGGACAGUUGUACAGCUAGAAAAUGAAAUCUUCCAAAUCAAGCAACAGCAUAAGGAGGCAAACAAGAAAACAACCAGCAGAAUUUCUGAAAAACUGGAGUGUAGGGGGAAGGGAGAGGAAGGGCAUUUUAGGAAUUCUUAA